AUUCUUUUCACUUCUUUUUUCAUUCUUGUUUGGUGAAAAUAACCAAGCUUGAUUGAGAAGCUGCCACACUAAAAAAAAAAGGGUUCCUAACCUGCGUAUUUCUCCAAAUACAAUGCCAAAAGACGAGCUCAUCGUUGAUUAUGAACAUAUAACCUACAAGCAACGUACCCAGGAUGCACUCCGAGAACUGCCUCACGACAUUCAAGAAUACCUUGUCAGUCUAUUCCCCAUUGCAUCCUGGAUCCAUCGAUACAAUCUCAUGUGGCUCGUCCGUGAUCUGAUUGCCGGUGUCACCGUGGGGAUUGUGAUUGUGCCGCAAAGUAUGGGUUAUGCAAAGAUUGCAGAAUUGCCACCCGAGUACGGAUUAUAUACGGCCUUUGUUGGAUUGUGUGUAUAUUGUCUGUUUGCUACCUCCAAAGAUAUCAGUAUCGGUCCCACAGCGGUCAUGUCUUUACUGGUCGGUCAGACUGUCACGCGCGUUACGGCCGAGAAUCCCAACAUCACUGGGCCGGAUAUCGCAGUGGCUUUAUCACUCUUUACCGGUAUCAUUGCCAUGUUUAUCGGAUUGGUUCGCCUAGGCAUUCUUGUCGACUUCAUUCCUGCACCCGCAAUUGCCGGUUUCAUGACGGGUUCGGCCAUCACCAUCACCGUGGGUCAGUGGCCUAAACUGUUUGGCAUCAAAAAUAUCAACACGCAAGAUUCGCCUUAUCUUAUCUUUGGCAAUUUUUUCAAAUAUUUGCCAAACACCAAAGUGGAUGUCGCCUUUGGUCUGGUUGGACUCUUGUGGCUUUACGGGGUCCGGUAUGCAUGCCAGUAUUACAGCCAACGGUAUCCGAAAUACAGCACCGCGCUAUUCUUCUUUAGUAUCAUGCGCAACGGUCUCCUUGUCGUCUUUGGCACGCUGAUCUCCUUUUUAAUUAAUCUUGGCAAAACGACCAGUCCCAUUAGUAUUGUAAAGCAAGUGCCCGCCGGUUUCCAAGCCAUGGCCGUACCUACCGUCAACGGAACCCUCCUUUCCAGUAUUGCCAGCUCCCUGCCUUCAGGCGUCAUUAUCUUGAUUCUUGAACACGUCGCUAUUGCCAAAUCGUUUGGCCGCAUCAACGACUAUUCCAUCAAUCCAAAUCAGGAAAUCAUCGCCAUAGGUUUCACCAAUAUUUGGGCUGCCUUUUUCGGUGCAUAUCCGUCGACAGGCUCCUUUUCACGCACAGCGAUCAAAGCCCGUUCGGGGGUCAAGACUCCCAUUGCCGGUAUCUUCUCUGGUCUCGUCGUGUUAUUGGCGCUCUAUGCUCUGACUCCCGCGUUUUAUUACAUUCCUGAUGCUAUUCUGGCCGCUGUCGUCAUUCAUGCCGUCGCCGAUUUGGUCUCGGGCCCUUCGUACAUGAAACGAUUGGCCGCCGUCAGCUUGUGGGAAUUCUUCGUCUUUGCCACCACCGUCAUCAUCACCUUUUUUACCACUGUUGAAUACGGUAUUUACGCUUCCGUGGGACUCUCUGUCGUCAUUUUACUCUUCCGCAUUGCUCGUCCACGUUUCUGGGCGUUAGGCCGUGUCCCGCUCGCAGGACAAGAAUUUAGCACCAAACAUGGGUUAGAACAACGCUACCUAUAUGUACCAACCAAUCAUCCUUCUCUCGGUCGAUUGGUGGAACCGUUACCUGCCGGGAUCCUCAUGUGUCGUGUUGACGAGUCGUUUACGUAUCCGAAUUCCAGCUAUAUCUCUGACAAAAUUAUUAGCUACUGCAAGGAGAAUACACGUCGUUUUGCACAGCGGAUCAGCAAGGGCGAUCGCGCAUGGAACGAUGACGCCAAUCCUAUCAAAGAAGCCGCUCGAGAGAAACUACCUCGUCUUCACGCUGUGAUUUUCGAUUUCGCAAGUGUGAAUCGACUGGAUUCCAGUGGCUUGCAGGCCAUUGUGGAUGCGCAAAAUGCCCUGAACCGUUACAGCGGACAACACGUGGAGUUCCACUUUGUGAAUAUCUUGCAUCCAGCCAUCCGUCGGUCAUUAAUUGUGGCGAAUUUCGGCACCCAACCACGUGAAGGACUUGAUGACGAAAAUCGCACACGUCAAGAAAUUCUGCCGGUGGUGCCUGCUUCGAAAGACGGACCCCAAGGUCAACGGUCACAAGAGAACUUGCAUCAUCGUUAUCGUAACAGCGAUAUUGAGGAGGUGCCUGACCAAGACAACUCUGGUCGCGAUGACGGCGUGGACGAAAAAAUCGAGCACGCAGAAUACGCCGGACAAAGUGAAACGAACGGUCGCUAUAGCAUGAGCAUCACAACCACCAGUACCACCACGGCAAAAUCUAUUCCGCUUCCCAAGGACCGAUAUCCAUUUUUCCAUUGGGGCGCAGAUGAAGCCGUUAAAGCCGCCGUCAUUUCUCUUGCCGCUAGACCCGUAACCAACAAUAACCAUCAAUCGACUUCCGCCCAACAAGCCGCUGCCCCUUCACAUUAAAACCGUUUUUCCUUUCAUUUCUGCUUUGCGGUUUCUUGCAGUUUCUAAUCCAUUUGAUACCAUUCUUCUUCUUCUUCUUCUUCUUCUUCUUCUU